UAGGUCACGUGAUGGGUUCCCUGCGUAUCAGGCAACUCUCUUCCCGGAUAUGUGGUGUCAUUGUUGCGUGGCUUAGGCAGUUUACAUCAAAUGCCGCUCAACGAAAUUUCAGUGGAUUGCCACGAAGCUAACGUUCUGUAUGACAGUCUUUAUUGAUAGUUUUUGGCUCAUGUUGAGAAUUGACCGCCAUCUCUCCGCAGAAGACCUGCCCGUGGUGAAACCCUACUGCGAUAAAUGCGGCAGGAAUAACCCUGAACGUUGGCUGCCUCGCUUGCCGUACAACAUGCUGUUCGUGGUAGGCGGCUGGAGCAUGGGGCAGCCGCUGUCUGCCAUCGAAGCCUUCGACCCCUGCGCCGACCGGUGGGUUCACCACAAGAACGAGUCCAUCUUCGAGCCAAGAGCCUACCACGCCGUGGCCGUAUACAAGAGGCGCAUUUUCGUGGUGGGCGGAAUGCAAGAGCGGAACUACUUGCGCUCCACCAUCAGCUACGACAUGGACAAGUGCGAGUGGAAGAACGAGUCCUCCAUGAACGUUCCACGCGCCUACGUCGCAUCCGUGACGCUGGGGGAGUUCGUCUACGCAAUAGGCGGACAUACCGGUGUGGAGAGAACGCCUAGCGUGGAGCGCUACUCUCCGCGCACCAGCCAAUGGACCGUGGUGUGUCGCAUGAAUAGGAGACGUAGCGACGCUGCUGCCUGCGCCAUCAAAGGUCGCCUGCUGGUGUGCGGAGGUUUCAACGGCCGCCACUGCCUGGAGAGCAUCGAGGAGUACAUCCCCCAGACGGACACCUGGUCACUCAUUCACUCGCUGCCAUUCGCUCGCUGCAGCCACCGAAUGAUCGUGUUGGGCGCGUACGUCUACGUCAUAGGUGGUUUCGACGGCCGCCGACGUCUCACAUCUGUGGUCCGCAGCCGGACCACAGUUCCACUGAAGUGGCACAGCGUCGCUCACCUGAAGACACCCCGGAGCACCUUCGCCCUCGCACAGCUCGACGACCAGCUGUAUGUCAUCGGUGGCUACAAUGGCAAGACUAUCGUAUCCACCGUAGAGCGCUAUUCACCGCUCGACGGCAGCUGGAGCACAGCCCCGUCGCUGAGUGGGCCCGUGAGCGCCAUGGCGGCUUGCCUCGUGUCGGGUGCGGCCAUUACCAAGAAGCUAUCUGUGCGGGGAACCCUAGAGGUUCGUGACGCAGGCAACGUCGGCUGAACAGGCGCUUCAUCAUCCAUCUGCCAGCAGCGCAUGCUGAGCGCUGGAACGUCUGAC